CAAUUUGGUAAUGGCGUCGCGGUGAUAACACGAACAGUAUUUCAACGGCUGUUGGUGUGUGCGCUUCGACGAAACGUACAAAACAAUUCGAAUUGAAAUGAAAAAUACGCUGUGAUGUUAUUUAAGAAGUAAUUUAAGAGAAAACUGAACUCAUAAAGUUACAUUGCAGUGUGCAGUGAUCUCCUGAAAAUCGGUGCAAAAUGGCAAAUUUUAAGAAAACUCCGUUAUCGGGGCCUGUGUUACUAGUGAUAUUAUGUUUAGCAAGUGAGAUUAGAUGCGCAGAAAACAACACAACCACUAGCAGGAAGGACACACAACCCCAAUGCGUCUGGUACGGGGAAUGCAACAAGUCAGGACGACUAACACAAUAUUGCGAAUACAGCGGUCCUCCGAAGGUUUUGAAUGACUCUUCAGCGUUAGAUACUCUUUCAAAGUGGUGUCCACAUCUAGUCCCAGACCCAAACCAGUCCAUCGACGCUUGCUGUGAUUCUGACCAAGUGGCUACCUUUGCCAGCAGUAUAGAAUUAGCAGCAAAUCUUCUCAAGAGAUGUCCUUCCUGCAUGAUGAAUUUGGCGAGGCAUUUAUGCGAUAUGACCUGUGGGGUAACACAAUCCAACUUCAUGGAAAUCGUCGCUACUAAAAAUAACACGAAAGGACAAGCGUACAUCACUGAAGUGAACUUGUACAUAACUAAUGAUUAUAUAGAAGGUACAUAUAAUUCGUGCAAGCAAGUUAUGGUUCCAUCCACCGGACAAAAAGCCAUCGAUCUGAUGUGUGGAACGUGGGGAGCUAGCAAAUGCACGGCGAAAAGAUGGUUUGAUUUUAUGGGCACGUCGGGCGAUUCGAACCCUUUUGUGCCUUUCCAGAUUAAUUAUUUGAAUAAUUCCGAUCCUGUUAAUCAUAAUGGACACCGAUAUGUACCGGAUAGUCCGCAUAUCACGCCUUGCAGUCAAGCGUUUGAUACAAAAUCAGCGGCGUGCAGUUGCGUGGACUGCGAACAAAGCUGUCCAGUGCCACCCCCGCAGCCGCCGCCACCGCAACCCUUCACCAUCGCGGGUUUCGACGGUUACUUCUUCCUCAUGGUUGUCGUUUUCAUCGUCGGCACUCUGAUGUUCCUUCUGGUCGUUUUCGUCUGUCCAACAAGAGCCGAUAUCGUGGGUUUGGUGACCGGGCAUGGUUCAGAAGAAAUGCGUGCUGCCGUGGGUAGACGACUGGCGGGUGUCGACAGGCGGUCUAGGCUGGUGCUUGGUAGCGACGAGGAAGAUAGCCCCCUUCAGGACUCUAAGAGAUCCAGUGUGACCUCAGAAAUUGGCCACGAGCUUGACACACAUUCCAUUAACAAAAUGCCGGGCGAAUACGACAACCCUUCCUCAUUCUUAGAAAAACUAGGUGCAAACACGGACACCUUCCUUCAGCGAUUUUUCGAACGAUGGGGUACAGCUUGUGCCGAGAAACCGUGGUUGGUUCUGUUUUUGGGUGCCUGUGUGGUAAUCGGGCUAGGUCAUGGUAUUAAGUAUUUACAAGUCACCACAGACCCUGUGGAAUUAUGGGCAUCGCCUUCGUCGAGAAGUCGCGUGGAGAAAGAAUAUUUCGAUAGCCAUUUCGAGCCGUUUUAUCGAAAUGAGCAAGUCAUAAUAAAGGCGGUUGGUUUACCACGGAUUUACCAUAACACGUCGAAUGGGGAAAUUGUGUUUGGGCCUGCUUUCAACGACACCUUCUUGAAGGAGGUAUUGAAGCUGCAGGAACAGAUUAAGGCCAUUGGAGUUGGGACUGAUCAUGCUUUGGAAAAAAUUUGUUUUGCUCCGUUGAGGAGUGUCGGUCAGGUUGACACUGACGUCGAAGAGUGUGUGGUUCAGAGUAUUUGGGGGUAUUAUCAGAAUGAUGUGACUACUUUCGACGAAACUGAUGUGGAUCCAGAUGGGUACGAGACGAAUUAUUUGGAUUUCUUCGUGGCAUGUGCUCAAAACCCCUAUAAUCCCAACUGUUUGGCAACUUUCGGCGGUCCAGUCGAUCCUGCUAUUGCCAUGGGAGGAUUCCUUCGACCAGGAGAACAACUAUCUGAACAACCCAACUACCAAGACGCAACUGCAGUUAUCUUAACUUUCUUGGUUAACAACUACCACAACAAAACAAAACUAUCACCCGCCAUGGAGUGGGAGAAGGCUUUCGUCGCUUUUAUGAAAAAUUGGACAGCCACAGAAAAACCUGAAUACAUGGAAAUAGCUUUCACGUCAGAAAGGUCCAUCGAAGACGAAUUAGAUCGCGAGAGUCAAUCAGACGUCGUCACGAUAUUAAUUUCUUACAUAAUCAUGUUUGCUUACAUCGCCGUAUCAUUGGGUCAAGUAAAUACCUGCAGUCGGCUUUUGAUCGACAGUAAAAUCACUUUGGGCUUGGGAGGAGUCCUCAUAGUUUUAGCUUCCGUUAUUUCGUCGGUGGGUCUGUUCGGUUUCGUCGGAUUACCCGCAACUUUAAUUAUCAUCGAAGUUAUUCCGUUCCUUGUUUUGGCGGUUGGUGUAGAUAACAUAUUUAUAUUAGUACAGACCCAUCAAAGAGAAGGACGCAAACCUACAGAAACUCACGCGCAACAUAUCGGAAGAACUUUGGGUAGAGUAGGACCUUCAAUGCUAUUAACCAGUGUCUCAGAGAGUUGCUGCUUCUUCCUGGGAAGUUUAUCAGACAUGCCAGCCGUUAAGGCGUUCGCUUUAUACGCUGGUAUGGCGCUUCUCUUUGACUUUCUUCUCCAAAUUACCUGUUUCGUCAGCCUGUUGGCGCUAGAUACGAUCAGACAAGCAAACAACAGAUUUGAUGUGUGUUGUUUCAUCAAAGGUUCGAAGAAAGAAAAUGUGCCUCAAAUAAAUCAAGAAGGGCUUCUGUACUCGUUCUUCAAGUCGAUUUACGUACCCACUUUAAUGAAUAGAUUCGUUAGAGCGGCAGUGAUGAUAGUGUUCUUCGGGUGGUUGUGUUCGUCGAUUUCGGUUGUGCCUCACAUAGAGAUCGGUUUGGAUCAGGAACUGUCGAUGCCCGAAGAUAGUUACGUUUUGAAAUAUUUUAAGUAUUUGAAAGACGACUUAAGUAUUGGGCCUCCGAUGUACUUUGUGGUGAAAGGUGGACUGAAUUACAGCGAUACAAAAGCACAAAAUGCUGUUUGUGGAGGGCAGUACUGUAACGUGGAUUCGCUUGUUACGCAACUGUAUCAAGCUUCAAAGGCUGGCGACACGACGUAUGUAGCGAGGCCUAGUUCGAGUUGGUUGGAUGAUUACAUCGAUUGGUCCGUCGCGGGGAACAUUUGCUGCAGACAGAAUAAGAAAACAGGAGGAUUUUGUCCACACACAGAGAGCGGCUGCGCUACUUGCAACAUCAGUUUCCGCCCAGAUAACCAUCGUCCAAUAGCUUAUGACUUCGAACAUUACGUAUCGUUCUUCCUGCAGGAUAAUCCAGACCCAACUUGCUCAAAAGCCGGCCACGCUGCCUACGGCCAAGGCGUGAACUACGUAACGAAUAAGACAAAUCAACUUUCCCGAGUGGGCGCCUCCUAUUUCAUGGCCUAUCACACGAUACUUAAAACGUCAAAAGACUACUACGAAAGCAUGCGUUCCGCCAGAAAGAUCGCUGCCAAUAUUACAACGACAAUAAACACCAAAAUCCCAUCGAGUCAAAUCGAGGUAUUCCCCUACUCGGUGUUCUACGUAUUCUACGAGCAAUACUUGACCAUGUGGCCAGAUACUCUAAAAAGCAUGGCGAUAAGUUUGGCCGCCAUCUUUGUUGUCACGUUCUUGUUGAUGGGACUGGAUGUAUUUUCGUCUAUCGUGGUAGUCGUAACCAUUCUUAUGAUAAUAGUGAAUUUAGGCGGACUGAUGUAUUGGUGGCAUAUCACACUGAACGCAGUCUCAUUAGUAAAUCUAGUGAUGGCAGUGGGAAUAGCAGUAGAGUUCUGCUCACAUCUAGUCCACAGUUUCUCUGUUUCUGUAAAGACGACGAGGUUAGAGCGAGCGGCCGAUUCUUUGACGAGAAUGGGAAGUUCGAUUUUCUCGGGGAUUACCUUGACGAAGUUCGGAGGAAUCAUCGUGCUGGGAUUCGCCAAGUCGCAGAUUUUCCAAGUGUUUUACUUUAGGAUGUACUUGGGAAUUGUCCUGUUUGGAGCUGCGCACGGGCUGAUCUUCCUGCCGGUUCUUCUGAGCUAUGUUGGCGUGAUGCAAACCAAACGUCGAUACCAUCACACACCACCAGAAGAAGUGGGACCAACGAUUGUGUCACCUCUGCUGCCAUCCACUUCAAGUGCCCAUUACGAUGCUAUAACAUCUGUUGACACGUGAUUAUCACGGUUAUGUUUAUAUGUGUAUGUUAGGACAAUUCAACAAAGUUUAGGACGUUUGUUAGAUAUUGUAUAGAUUUGAAGAAUUUCGAAUAGGUGGUGUGUACAUAUUCUCAAAACGUUGGAGGUAAUUUAAGUUGAUAGUCAAUUAUCUGGACUUUUGCGUCCGUGUAGAGUUUCGUGAUUAAUGUAAAUGUCUUUAGUUGUGAUUACGAAUCGACCAAAGUAUUAUCAGAUUCUUCUUAUGUAAGACUGCUCUAUUGCAAACUUUUGUACUAACCCUCUGACUAUUCGGUACGUAAGAUAAAAUUACAACUCUUAGUUGUAAUUUUGUACUUAUAUAAGGAAAUUUACUUAAAGUAACGGUUUUUUUUGUUAUGUUUCUUCUUUAUUUAUUUUUGUAUGUAGCUUUUUAUGUUUGUACAAGUUGCGUGCUAGGCUAAGCUAUAUCUAUUUAGAAAAUGCUCAUUUUGUUUAAAAAAAAAACAGGGUCUUUAUUAUAAAUUGGCAUUCUAUUUCAAGUCGCUAUCUUUGGUUACUUGUGCUAACAUUCCACAAUAUUGUAGACAUUUGUAUCUUUCUGUGUUAAUAUAAUAUGAACAUCAUAUUUUAUUAGAAAUAAAUGUAUUUUGCAAAAA